GCCGUCGCUGUCUGCCGUCGCCCUCACCGUCACCGUCACCCGUCGCCGUCGCUGUCGCCGUUCGUUGCCCGUCGUGAUGGUCGUUAUGAUUGUAGAAACGUACUCGUUGUAACCCGUUAAUUUGACUAAUAUUGUUAACACAUAUCGUCAAUGGCUGGCUGCAUUUUGGGCUUUAUUCAGGCCUGCAAACACAUUAGAGCACGGCAUAUGCACAGCCGACACGUUGCAGCAGGCAGUGCCCCAAAAAUAUCGACGUUCAUGCUACCUGGUUCGUGUGUGCGAUGGAGCCAGCAAGGCAGUCGCGGACAAAAUCAAUAUCCUAUUAAAUCGCUAGCCUCCCCUGCUCUUAUUAAAUUACACCUGCACCAUUCACACACAUCCGCGAUACAACACCCUCCUUAAUUCUGGAUAUAAUAACUCUUCUUAAGAGCCUUUUGUUCCUCAUUCGAUUAUCGAAACGGCAUGUUUUUCGCCCGAUUCCAGCCUAAAAACACAACAGAAAACAGUGACGAGUGGUAUUCCACCUUAGAAUGAGAACAACAAGAAGUGUUACUACGAAUAUAGCGCCCCCUCGUAUAUUGUUCUAUUAGCCAUAAUCUUCUACAUCUACCGAUUACGAAAUAAUCGUUUUCUAUUUUAUCAACUAUUCUAAAAGCGUCAAAACACAUUUUACAUUCGUUGGAAUUUUAAUAUUAUUAUGUAUAUUAUUCCAUUUAUAAUUUAUCUCUUUCCUUUCCCUUUGGUCUCUUACUUUUCCGUUCAGAAUAUUCAUUUUCUAUUUCUUUGUACAUCAAACUUAUUUCUUUUUAUUAUCUUUUACUCAUUUUGGCCUUAUUAUACAAGUAUUAUGUUAUUUAAACAUUUUCUAAUAUUUUAUUUAAGUUAUGAACACUUUUUAAUGCAUUACUGCAAUUGCUACUUAUUACAAUUAUAGUAGAGAUAACGUUUCAUUGAUUAGUAUCCAAAUAGAAAACUUAAUACCAAUAAGUUUAUUCAUUAAUAUGUUGAUAAUAUUAAAUGAAAAUAAAUUACAUUAAUAUUAUUUCAAAUCCGUAGGAUCUGAAAUAAAUAACAGUGCAAUUAGGACACAAUUUUUCAAUAAUAAGUGAUAUCUUACUAUAUUUUAUUUAUCUAUGGCUUCAAGUAGACAUGCGCUUUUGUCUGUAUAUUAUUAAAAAAUAUGUUGACCACGUUGGUUAGAGUGUAAAUUACAUGAUUUGUAUUUUUGAUAUUUUAUAACUUUUAUCAUUUCACAUACAAAUAUGUAAUGAUUUGUAUUAUGUCGUAAAACUACUUUUGUAAAACUACUUGAGAUUACAAAUCUGACAAAGAUAUAUUAUGACAUAAGUACAAAAUAAAUGGCUAAACUAGAGAAUUAGUUUAAAAUAAAACAUAUUUUCUGACAUUAGGUCAAUCGAUAGUUAAAUAAACUUUGUCAAAUUGUUUCAAGUAAUUACUAUUUAAAACUGAAAUAUACUUAUAGUAUUAGGAUCAUAUCAUCUAGGUAGUGUGAUGCAGUUGAAUUUAAAUAAGUAUAAAACAUUAAUAAUGAAUAGUGAAUGGAAAAAAUAUCUAUUUUGGUUUGCUCAUGAGCAUAUUGACUUUAGAGAAGCUGAGAUGGAAUCUAUUCUUAAUAUGUUCAAUGUAGAUAUAAUUGUUAGACCUAAAUGGAAAGAAAAUCCUUAUUGGAUAACUAAUUUACCUUCAGAAACUAUUGCACAUCAAAUUUCAAGUAGAGCAGUUUGUGUGAGGUUUUGUAUAGAAUUAUGGGCUAACAAAACAUUGGAAGAGUUACAUGAUAAAUUAAAAUCUUAUCCAGUUACAGAAAUAAAAAGACAUACUGGAAACAACAAAUCAUUUAUAAUAGUUGAAACAUUUUGUAAACACUUUCCACAAUGUGAAAAAGUAAACAAAAUAGAGUCUUUCAGUUAUUUACCCCUGGAAGGACCAGUGAGAUUAAAUAAUCCAGAUACAACUUUAUUAGUAGAGUUUUAUGGAUUAAAUCCCAAUGACAUUCCUGAACAACCUUAUGAAUUGUUUUUUGGUAGAUGGAUUACAAGUGGACAAAGAGAUUUAAUCAGAAAAUUAUCCUUGAAAACUAGAAUUAUAGGUAAUACUUCUAUGGAUCCUCAAUUGUCAUUAAUAAUGGCAAAUCAGGCCCAGGUUCAAAAAGGAGAUAUUGUUCUUGAUCCUUUUGUGGGUACUGGUUCUUUAUUAGUUGCUGCUUCUCAUUUUGGAGGAUAUACAUUAGGAACAGAUAUAGAUUUUCUAAUGCUUCACGGACGUACAAGACCUACUCGAAUUACACAAAAGAUUAGGGAGAAGGAUGAAAGUAUUGCCGCAAAUAUGAGUCAGUAUGAAAAACGAUCAUACUAUAUUGAUGUUGUUGUGUCUGAUUUUUCUUACCCUUUAUGGCGUUCAGAUAUGCGCAUAGAUGCUAUAAUUACGGACCCUCCUUACGGUAUACGAGAAUCAACAGAAAGAAUAGGUACAACAACAAAUCCAGUAAUAGAGGAACAUCAAGCAUCAUCACAUAUACCAUCUAAAGUUGGUUAUGGUUUAACUCAAAUUACAGAUUUAUUAAAUUUUUCAGCCAGGCAUCUUAAAAUGCAUGGCAGAUUAGUGUGUUGGUUUCCUUUAUUUAGAGAUCAAUAUUCAGAACAUCAAUUGCCGACACAUCCGUGUCUAGAAUAGUUUGCAAAUUCAGAACAAGUACUUAAUUAUACUAGUCGAAGAUUAUUAACUUCAAAAAUUCAGGAUCCAAAGGAAUCAGAUGAAGUGAUUUCUACGAAUUUAAUUGAUUUUCGAGAACAAUAUUUUGCAUUAAGGAACGAAAGUCGAAAAGAAAAACGACUGAAGAAAGCUGUAGAAAAAGCUAAGAACAGAGAACUUUGGGAACAGAAUAAUAAAGAAAAUGCAAAAGAUGACUCUUUAAUUAUUUUAUGUGUAAGAAACAUUUAUUUCAUCCUUCAAAUUUCUUCUUUGUGAAUAUAUUUUUUCACUAACCUUUUGCCGUUUGUGAUCAUAAAGAAUUACAAAAAUGUACAUACACGAACGUGUAAUAAAUUUAAUACUGAAACAAUUUUUUUUAUUGAAAUAAAACGAUUCUUAAUAGUUUUGAACUAUUGUUUUGUCGAAUUAUAAUGCUUAUGAAACUAUUAAUAUAGUUUUUAUAUUUUUCUAUAAUUUUUCAUUCCUGUUUUCUGAUUAACAAAUUAAUUAACUAGCAAAGUACAUUUUUCUGUAUUUUGCAUCAAUAAAUAGUUUAAUAUAUAGCGGUGUACGGGAAGUUGACUACAGCUCUGUACCGGCAAAGGCUAACUUUCUAAAUGAUUUGUUGUUAAAUUUGUUUAUUUUAGAUAUGUAACACCGAAAGUCAGAUUUAUGAAUUGGUGGAUAUAUCAACGGUCAACUUCCAGAAUCAUGUCCAACUUUCGCCACACCACCAAACCUGUGUAAGUUUACUUCCCCAUUAAGAAUUAAUUACGUAAAAAUUUCUAAUUGACAUAUAAUAAAUUAUACAUGUAUAUUGUGAAGGGUGGAUAGUACAUUUACAUAUGAUACAGUACUUAAACAUACACAUAAAUAUAAAUUUCUGUUCCUA